GGGAUGUCAAUCAGCGGAGGCGCUGUUUCUGAGGGUUGGCAUGUUUGAAGAUGGGAGCGGAGGAUGACGUUGAAAGGUUGUGGUUUGCGUUUUAGGAAAAUCUUAAAAUAAAAAUAAUUGCUCACGCGAUUUGGACUUACGGCUGUCCGACUGCUGAUGGAUCUCUGGUAGUUUUUCUUUCACCAGAAACUCCUGAGCUUGUUGCAGUAUGAGCCAUGGGGUAUGAUGUCAAUCGGUUUCAGGGCGAGGUGGAUGAAGAUUUGAUUUGUCCAAUCUGUAGUGGGGUUUUGGAAGAACCUGUACAGGCUCCACACUGUGAGCAUGCAUUUUGCAAUGCCUGUAUCACCCAAUGGUUCUCCCAACAGCAAACCUGCCCCGUGGAUCGCAGCGUCGUUACUCUAGCCCACCUCCGACCUGUUCCCCGAAUCAUGCGGAACAUGCUGUCCAAAUUGCAGAUCACGUGCGACAACGCCAGCUUCGGCUGCACGGCUGUGGUGCGGCUCGACCAGCUGACCUCCCACCUUAACGAUUGUGAGCACAAUCCGAAGCGACCUGUGACGUGUGAGCAGGGAUGUGGAUUAGAAAUGCCCAAAGAUGAGCUACCAAACCACAACUGUAUCAAACAUCUUCGCACUGUGGUGCUUCAGCAACAGGGGAAAAUUGCAGAGCUGGAGAAGACUUCAGCAGAGCAUAAACAUCAGCUGGCAGAGCAGAAACGAGACAUUCAACUUUUGAAAGCGUACAUGAGGGCUAUCCGCAGUGCAAACCCAAACCUACAGAACUUGGAGGAAACCAUUGAGUACAAUGAGAUCCUAGAGUGGGUCAAUUCAUUGCAACCUGCUAGAGUUACCCGAUGGGGUGGGAUGAUCUCCACCCCUGAUGCAGUUCUGCAAGCAGUCAUUAAGCGGUCUCUCAUUGACAGCGGGUGCCCAAUGUCCAUAGUCAAUGACCUCAUCGAAAAUGCACACGAGAGGAACUGGCCUCAGGGUCUGGCCACACUAGAGACUCGCCAAAUGAACCGCAGGUUCUACGAGAACUAUGUAGCUAAACGAAUCCCAGGGAAGCAAGCUGUAGUGGUGAUGGCAUGCGAGAACCAACACAUGGGAGAGGACAUGAUCAUGGAGCCUGGUCUGGUAAUGAUCUUUGCUCACGGAGUGGAGGAAAUCUUUUAAAGCAAAUCGUAUUCCCUUCUGAGUUGAAGUUCAUAAUAUGAGAAGGAAGCAAGACUUUGCCUUGCCCUCUAGAAUAUCUUCGGUGUGCAGACUUGGACACGAACAAAGGCUUAAUGCCAAAUUGCAUUAUGGAUUGUUUGACCACCACCUUUGCAACUCCAAAACUAGCUUAAAGAAUGAGUUUACAGCUCACAGAACCUCAGUCCCAACCUUUUGUAUUUAUUCAUCCAAGGUUAAAAGCAGGAAGUACAAUUCUGAUGCCCAUUCCAGAUGCCACAUAAGAGAACUAACAUUUGUGGUGCCUGCAGUGGUUUGUGUUAUGCUCUAAUGCUCUAUUUAAUAUCUCUUUGGUAUUUUUCCCCUUUUUGUUUUGAGCAGAAAAUGGUAAUGGACAAUAUUUUUAUUGUGGUAGAUGCUGGUUAACACUGGUUGAGUGAACAAUGCAAUUUUUUUCUAUGAUCAACUUUGAGGGGUAAAUACUUUGAGGUUUCUGUAAGAGCAGAGCUCAUAGGCAAACUAUAGAUAUAUUGUAUGCACUACUGGCUUAAUAUCUACUAAAGCAAUGUUAAAGGCUGAUUUGCUGCAAUGUGUUUAUAUUCGGGCAUGAUAAAAUAUUUAAAAAAAAAAACUUAAGCAAAACCCAAGAGACAACAUGUAGAGUGAUCUUUAGUACCUGAAACCAACUCAAUCACGUGAUGUGUGAUUUCUUGAAUUCACAAGGCAGGGGCAGAGAGAUGUGGAGAUUCACACUACAGGGCAAGCCAGUUGCAGCUCCUUUUUAGUUCUAUGUUGAAACUCUGCCAACAUUUAAUCACUUUAACCUAAAUCCUACUUUUCUGGAUUUGCCUUAAAUUAAACUGAAGUCAAAUGAUAUCUAAAUGGAGUCCUGUGCAAGAAUGGCCAAAAUUGGAGUGAAGUGCAUUCCGUGAGUAGGAACAAAAAAGGAUGAGUGUUCACACUUUUAAAAUCCCACAAGUAUUUUGCUUGUAACUAGAAAGCCAUCUCAAUUGAGACGUUAUGUACAAAUACCUGAUUAAGUGAGCCUACGUGUGAUGCUCUAUAUCCAUGUAAACUGCAUAAUUUACCCAGCUGCUUUAUCACAUGGGUAGGAAUUGCGUGUAUGAUUGCAGGACUCCAAGCCGGAAUGAAGGCUGAGCUAGUAUAGGAUUCCAAAAAUAUAUAUGACUGAAGAUGGCUUUGAAAGCUUGAAUUUGUUUUUUUUAAUGUGUACAUCAAAUACUAUAUUCACUUGACUUGGCUUCAGUGCAACUGACUGAGCUAGGUACCAGUACACUGGUAACUGUACCUAAAACAGGGACUUGUUUAACAGUGACUUCAGAAGGGGUUGUUAUUUUGAUUCAAAGCAGCUAAGAGUGAGCAGAGCCACUGUCAGUGGCAACAGGUCUCAAAUGUAAGUGCUUUUGAAUUGACAUUGGGGUGGGGGACGUGCAGAAGAAAAAGGCUGCUGUGAACCAAUAAACUAGCUUAGAAUUUGUGUAUAACUUUUUUAAAAAUAAAAUCUUGGCCAUUUGUUUUAUCCGCAGAUUGGAUUGAGGGAGUGAUGCACAAACUCUCUCAUAGUUUUCCAGCUGAACCAUACAAGUGUGGAACACUUUUUAGCUUCUGUUAGGACUCGGAGAUAAGUCUGUGGUAUUGAUUCUCUUUUAGGUAGAUUUUAGAUUUCUGGAUCUGAACUAAUCUUCAUCCAAAGCCCCUUGUGUCCCUUUCAGGACAGAUCUAUUGCGUGUCUGAAUGUAUAUCAUUUUUGCGCAUCGUGCAUAUAAGAUGUUACCAUUUGUUCCAAGAGGGUGUGAAAAUUAGGUGGCUUAAGUUUCUUGAGGAAUUUAAAUACUUUGUGCUUAUAAGAGAAUGAAAGGAAAACCUUUGAUUCUAUUCUUCGUGGUUGCACCUGAGGAAUUUGUAACUUCUGUUGAAGGACCUACCACUGUCGCCAUGGACUCCACUGAGACCUGGCAUGAAUAAACACUCGGCUUUCAGAAAUCUUUUUGAACUUUUUAAACAAAAAAAACUAAGCCUCAGAUUUUUUUUUGUCUGAUUUGUGGUUUUAAUCAGCAGAGAAAUACUCCAUCCUACAAAAUUUUGGACAGCUUAAAAACACAGGCCUGGACACCAAAGUUGCAGUAAGUAGUAGUUCCAGCUUCUGACGUUCCCUUAUUCUUGACUAAUCCUACUGUCCUUGGAUCCUGUCUCUAUAAGUAAUUUCUGCCCCCCCCCCCCCCCCAACCUUGGUACUUUAGUGCAUGUAAGAAUUGUAUGACUCUUAAUAUUUGAAAGCUUUGCACCCUGGGUCUGGUGUCACAUGACCAGUUUUGGAUGCUUCAGUCCAGUGCUCAGGGCUAUUGUAGCUCACCUGUGGGAAAUGGGGGGGGGGGGGGGGGGGGAAACCAAACCUUCCAGUCUGGCUUGGUUAGUCUUGGGCAGAAAGUUGGCACCUAGAAAUAUUUCCUUUUAUCUCUCUUCUGUACAUCCCCUUUGCCUAGAAUUAUAGUAUUUGCUUAAGGGUUUGUGCUUUUACAAUCAAGGGCCUUUGAAUAAAAUCUAUCCUAAAGGUUACCUACAGCAAAUUAUGGUAGUGUGAAUUGCUGUAAGCAAGCUUCUGUGCUGAGGACUCUGUUAUGAUGAAUGUGGGGCAUUUUGCAUUCCUAGUACUGCAGCACUUGAGAAUAUGCUUGCCUCUCUCAUCCCUCUAGAAGUUAGAGUACCAAAUUACCAUUCUGCACUUGGUUUACAGUGGGCUUUUUUUUGAUUUGAGUGCAUUCCAGCGAUUUUUGACAUCACUUCUGAUGGGUUUGUACUUGUCAGUGUGGGUUACUGCUAGAAAGUAGUUGGGAGCAAAAAGCAUAAUGUCUUUUACUCCACCACAACAGGAGGAUUCUGGGGCCAAUUGUACCUCUAACUGCUGCCCCACCUAUGAUUUGGCAAAUUCUGUUCAGAACAGGAUUCGAACUCCUUGGUCACAUUAUGUGCCUAGGUUAUGCCAAGUGGGCGAGGGCCACCUUCUAGUCAGCCUCUUGGACCUAUCUAAUUGUCUUUUAUUCAUGUGUUCAAAUCAUUCAUUUAAAAAUAUCAGUAUAUUUCAUUAUUUGGUUACAUGGGAGUAAAUUCCUCAAACCACACUUGAAACUUACUAUCAAAACCAAAUUUUAGCAAAGUAAUUAGAUGUGAUGCAAAAGUAAAAUUCGGCCAUUCCAUUAGUCUUAAAGGCUGUAUGGUGCUGUUUAUGCAGUAGUUGAUUUAAAUAGUUAUCUAUUAGAUAAAUGGUAUUAGAAACUGUUUCCUUGCAGUAAAAAAAUAAAAUGAGCAAUCCUGUAUGAAGUGUUACUUUUUUUGUGUUGCUCUGGAAAACAAUUCAAUGCUUUGUUUUAAUUUUAUAAAAAUGUGUAUUGUCUGUGUGUAUGCGCCUUUUUAAAGUGGACCUCUUGAGUACACCAGUUAUUUUGUGACUUGGAGAAGUGUUUGAAGUCCAGAAUUGUCACCUGUAGCUGAUUUAGUUGUGUUGUAUUUUGAAAAGCUGUGGCACUUGGUAUUAAUGAACAAAACACUUUUUUAUAUAAAUUAUCUGGAAAUAAAACUCCAUAGUAUGCA